UACAAGCUUCAAUGGCUUGAGACUGAAGCAACCUCAAUCAUUGACAGAAACUGCCAGAAUUUGGCUAAGGCAGAAUCCAUGUUUAUGAAGCCUACUUUGGAGCUCGAUUCCGGAGGGAUGGCUGUGAUUCGAGUCCAACGGGUUGUUCCGCAUCAAACUACAGAUUUCACAAUACAAAAACAAAGAGUUGGUUGAAUCGCUUGGUUCCUGGAAGAGUUCGAAUGAAGAGUCCAAGAUCGAGUCGAGCUGUGUUUUCUGGCUUUGGAAGAAAGACAAUCCGAAUCCUUGUAGGAUUAGGAUUCCUAGACUGUUUUGUGUUUUGAGUUCUUUACUUGUUUGUUUGGGGUUCUUUUCGAGUCGUAUUAGGUUUAGGAAGUCUUACCUAGUUUGAUAACCUAGUUAGGAUCUAUUUAAGCUUUAGUUUGCGUUGUAAUUCCAUUCAAGUUUUAAUCGAAGAACACUUGUUCAUUGAGCAUUUGUCUCAUGAAUUUUUCCUUGGAUUGAUUGGAUCGAAUCCAUCAAUCAAGCGAGCUCUGCAUCAAUUGAGUAGCCACCUCAAUUGUGAACGGGUUGCUACCUCCAAUUGUUCGAGCCUCUUCCCAUAUCCUUGCAAGAAGUUGCACAUUCGAAAACCAUCAUUCUUUCUAUGUUUUUGUUAUCGAAGUAAAUCAAUUCCUGCUUCGUGGGAAUUGAGGCCAAUCCAAACACCAUAGCUCGAGGUUUGGGUGUUAUCAAGUGGCAUCAGAGCCUGAGGUUCAAACACACUGGCGCGACCCACAGCUCGAGGACCAGAUGCCUCAAGGACAAGAUUAAAGGGUCCGGUCAAUCAUUGAAAUCCAGAAGAAGAGUUCGACUCCGACGAGACAAACAAGGAGGGCGAAACAUCAAUAUCAGGCAAAUUCAACACGAUGAAGCUCUUGCAGACCAUCACGGAACAUAUUGGAACAAUGUUUUAGGCUCAAUUUGAUAAACUCGAAAGCCAGAUGGAACAGCAAGGACGAAGACUUGAAACUCUGUCUCAGCGCUACCUCAAACAGGACGUGCAAUAGAGGCUCCUCGCGGCAGGGAUACAGAGGCCGAUCGGGAGCGAGGGAAUUAAGAACUGUUGGCUCGAAUUGAAGAGUUAGAGCAACAGUAAGUAGUCGACAAUCCUUAGCCCGAACGACGUAAUCACGAAUUUAAGGGAAGACCGCAGGAGCCAGAGGUCGUAAUUCCUCAGGGAAUCAAAUUGACGAUCCCAGCUUUUCACGGUACGCUGAAUGCCUCUAAAUACCUAGAUUGGGAGAGGAAAACAAUUCUUUUCUUUCAAUGUGGCAAUUACACCGAAUCCCAGAAGGUUUCGCUUGCCACUUAUGAAUUUACAGACUACGUAGCUUUGUGGUGUGAAAAGGUUCAACUUCGACGCCGUCGAAACCUUCAGCCUGCUGUAACAACGUGGGACAAACUGAGGAGUAUAAUGAGGGACCGCUUUGUGCCUGAAUAUUACCAGAGGGACCUCUUCGAUUCCUUACAGGGAAUUCGACAGGGUUCGCGCUCUCUUGACGAAUAUUAUAAGGAAUGUGAGAUGCUCUUGAUGAGAGCCGAUGUCAGAGAAGACAGAGAAGCCACAGUCGCCAGGUUCUUACACGGAUUGAACAAGGAAAUUCGAUAUGAGGUGGAACUUCGACCAUUUGUCGAGUUGGAGGAAGCUGUCCACCUUGUCAUGAAGGUGGAAAGGCACAUGAAGCUCCCUGCCAAUUGAAGAUUCCCUCUGGCGACUAAAACCAACCCUGAUCCUGUUCAAGGAACCUAAAUGACGUCGGCUCGACCCAAGGAAAACAAAGCAGCCAUCAAGACUCUGCCUGCCAAAAACGAGGGAUCCAGUGCUCAAAUUCAGUGUUUCAAGUGUUUUGGACGCGGGCACAAGACAAAUCAAUGCCCGAAUCGGAAGGCCCUCGUGCUCAGGGACGAGGAGUACUACUCCGAGGGCGACGAGGAAAUUCCGAUGGAUCCUGGACUUGAUUCCGACGGAGACAAGAUUCAUGAGGACAUGCACGCCGAAAUUCCUCCACCACCAGCAGGCAAGUUUUUUGCAGUCAGCUGGAGAGCUCUCACAACGACGCGUCAACCCGAAAUAGACCAAAAGGAAAAUAUUUUCCAAUCAAGGUGUUUGGUCGAGGGACAAUUACUGUUUGUAAUCGUUGAUGGCUGCAGUUGUGCUAACGUCGUUAUCCAAGACGUGGUUAAACGAUUGGGACUAAGUACGAGUCGACACGCAACACCAUAUAAUUUGGAUUGGCUUAACGACUACGGUGCGAUCAAGGUUCAAUGGCAAGCUAUUGUGAGGUUUGAGAUUGGAGAGUAUAACGACGAGAUGAUGUUUGACGUUGCCCCGAUGCAAGCCACUCAUCUUCUUCUCGGACGCCCUUGGCAAUUUGACGGGAGAGUUUGCCAUUAUGGUGGUUCCAAUUGUUACAAGGUCCGCCAUGGAGGAAGGAAGAUAUUGCUGCAGCCAUUAACGAUGACGGAGGUUCGUGAAUAUCAGAGACAACUCGAAGAUGGCCGAUGACGAGUGAAAAGCAAAUCUAGCCCGACGAGUUUUGAGAAUCAACAUGGUGGCACCCUUCUCAACCAGAGAUUUAUGCUUACUGGAUACAAGAGGGAUAAGGCACCCCGUCGUCGUCUCCCCUGUCUUUUGUCGCCGGGGUAGAGAAGGAAAGAGAGAUAUUUGGGUGGAGCACCCCAUGGCAAUUCGAGCUCCGUCAAAGACACCGGCACGUUCCAUGAGGCUUUGGGAAGCUUCUCCACAAAGGGAAUUUGUGUGGAUACACCCAAAAUGCAAGAUCCAAUUCAAGCCCGAUCACCUCUACCAAAGCUCAAACACGAGCAAAAUUCGAGCAAAUAGGUUGGAGCAGCUGAGGGUGAAUCGACGCCAACCGACAUUGUAGAGCUAUUGGGAAAAGCGGUCUGAAGCUGUGGAAAAUAUAAAUUGAACCCAAAGAUCCCGGAGGAAGAAUUACCCAAAUCGAAUUCGGAAUUUCUAGAUGGUGCACUUUCGGAAAUCGGCGUUGGCGGGAAACGAAGGCCUGGCGAUUUGAUGAAUAUUACGACGCGUCGAGAGCUCCGACCAUUGCAAAAACACAAUUCGAAGUGUGGCAAAGGUCGUGGACGCAGUGAAUUAUAAUGGGGCUACUUUGAUUAGAAAGCCCCAAUUUCUAACCUGAAGAACACAGUUGACCUAAUCUGGCAGACAAAAGGGUUCAAGCAACCCACUUUCGAUCCAAUUUGGGGUCAAUUCUGUGAGCGAUUCGACAAGAGGAAGGCUAAAGUGUUGAGGGCAACACUUUUUCAAGAGAGGGGGUCUGAUAAGAUCACAAUUGAACCUCCGUACAAGCUUCAAUGGCUUGAGACUGAAGCAACCUCAAUCAUUGACAGAAGCUGCCAGAAUUUGGUUAAGACAGAAUCCAUGUUCAUGAAGCCUACUUUGGAGCUCGAUUUAGAAGGGAUGACUGUGAUUCGAGUCCAACGAGUUGUUCCACAUCAAAGUACAGGUUUCACAAUACAAAGAUAAGGGAUUG